AUGAUCAGCAUGGCUCAGGAAUCGCUCUCAUCGUUGGUCGAAAUAUGGCUUCAGUGGGACCAGGACCCCAAGACGCGCGCGGAAAUAGAACAACUCCGGGAUGCGAACAACACCAAAGAACUGGAGCUGCGCCUCCGAAGUCGAAUUGAAUUUGGAACCGCGGGCUUGCGGGGCCGUAUGGCUGCUGGCUUCUCCUACAUGAACUGUUUGACGGUGAUCCAAGCUUCGCAGGGCCUCGCCAAACAUAUCCAAAGCAAAGGGCCGGAAAUCGCCUCAAAGGGUGUCAUUAUUGGACACGAUGCGCGCCAUUACUCCCACAAGUUUGCACAACUCGCUGCCAAUGCUUUUGUUGCGCUGCAAAUUCCCGUUAAAUUCGUUGACGAAUCGGCCCCAACUCCCCUAGUUGCCUUUGGAGUGCAAUACUUCAAGGCUGCUGCAGGCGUAGUAGUAACUGCAAGCCAUAACCCGCCUCAAGACAACGGCUAUAAAGUCUACUCCAGCAAUGGUGCCCAGAUCAACCGGCCUGAGGAUGGCGAGAUCGCGCAGUCAAUCCUUGAAAACCUGGAACCCUGGCCCAAUGCAUGGGAGGAAGGCCGGCGCUCUGGGGAGUACUUUAAUGGAGAAGCUCUUCAAGAGAUUCUCGUUCCCUUCCAACGCCGUGUCAAAGAAUAUGCGACAUCGACGGAUUCGGAGGCAUAUCCACCUCGGCCGUUUGUCUAUACACCCAUGCAUGGCGUAGGGGCUAUUCGCAUUGGCUCCCUAUUGAAAGAAAUGGGCAUGGACGAAGGCAAAGAGUACAUAAUUGUACCCCAACAAGCCCAGCCAGACCCUAAUUUCUCAACUGUGAAAUUCCCCAACCCCGAAGAGGCCGGGGCUCUGGAUCUCGCGAUCCAGGUGGCGGACCAACAAAACAAGACUCUGAUCUUCGCCAACGACCCAGAUGCAGACCGCUUUGCAGUGGCCGAGAAAGUCGAUGGUAAAUGGUUCCUUCUUACGGGAAACCAUGUGGGGGUCCUUUUGGCAUCCCAUCUAUUCGAUAACAUUAGCUCCGAUGCAGACACGUCGAAAAUCACCGUCCUGACGACGACCGUGUCGAGUGGGAUGCUCCAGAAGAUGGCCGAAUCCAAGGGUAUUCAAUUCAAAGAGACUCUCACAGGCUUCAAGUGGAUGGGAAAUGUGGCGCAGGACCUCGAAAAGACCGGACAGACUGUGCCAUUUUCCUACGAGGAAGCCCUCGGCUACAUGUUCCCCGCGGUCAGCUACGACAAAGAUGGCAUCACCGCUCUUUCGGUCUUCUCUAUGGCAGCUGCAAAGUGGAAAGCACAGGGAUUGACCGUACUCGGCAAGCUCCAACAACUUUUCACAGAGUUUGGCCAUCAUGAGACUCUCAACAACUACUUCCGAUCUCCCAGCCCCCAGCUUACGCUUGAGCUAUUCCGUGGGAUCCGGAGUGGCUCCUUCCUUCCCGACAUGCAGCUUGGCAAGUUCAAAAUUUUGCGAUGGAGAGAUUUGACCGAAGGAUAUGACACUGCAUCGACUGAUCAUAAGCCUGAUUUGCCGGAGGACCCAACCAGUCAGAUGAUUACUCUAUGGUUGGAAAGCGGAGUGCGCUUCACGUUCCGCGGCUCAGGUACCGAGCCAAAGGUGAAGUUCUAUAUCGAAUGCUGCGGUGACUCUCGUGAAGAUGCCGUCAAGUCUGUCUGCGAUGCAUUCUUCGCGAUCUUGAAGGAAUGGGUUCAGCGAUACACCCCUUCCAUGACCUACAAUAAUGAGCUUUCUACUUCCUCGGGCUCUGUUCUGUCGGUGGACAAAGAAUCGCUGUUCAUCUGA